AUGUCCGACCUGCCCCCCGACCUCUUCGACCAAACCACCAUCAUCUCCCUCCUCGCCACCGUCGCCAUCGUCCUAGUCGCCUACCUCACCUCUAAAUCCGUCCUGCCCACGUCAACAUCCGGCACGCUCCGCUUCCUCUUCAUCUGGCACCUAGCCGACGCGCUGUGCCACUUCAUCCUUGAAGGCAGCUUCCUGUACCACUGCUUCUUCUCGUACAUGACACCCGACGCCGAGACAGACAUUACAAACUUGUUUCCCACACCAUUUAAUUUCCUGGGCUGGGAGAACCAGAGAAUUUAUGGGCCGCAAAGCGGUGGGGAUAACCCGUUUGCGCAGCUGUGGAUGGUAUAUGCCAGGGCGGACAAGAGAUGGGCUGGUAUAGACCUGGGUGUUGUUAGUCUUGAACUGCUGACUGUGUUCUUUGAUGGACCUGUGGCCUUGUACAUCUGCUAUCUGAUUAGCAAGGGGAGCCCCAAGGCAAACUUUUGGAUGAUUAUUCUGGCUACUGCUGAGCUUUAUGGAGGAUUCAUGACCUUUUGCCCCGAGUGGCUCACCGGCAAUAUUAACCUGGAUGGUAGCAACUUCAUGUACAUGUGGGUAUACCUCGUCUUCUUCAACGGCCUCUGGGUUGCCAUCCCUCUUUACGCCAUGUGGUAUUCGUACUGUCAGAUCUCAAAUGCGUUUUUGGCCCUUCCCACCAAGAAGAAUAACUAG